UUCCUGCUGCAUGGGGCCACAGAAAUAUAUAUAAAUGAGCCUUAAAUGGGCUGAGGCUCCAUUUGCAAGCUGUGAAAAGACAAGCACUCCCUGACUGGUUGCCUUUCCAGCUCCUUGAGGGUUUUAACACCAGCACAAUGAACAGAUUUCUUUGCUGCAUACUUGCGUUAUUGGACAUCUCAGUAAAAUGCACAGUCCAGGAAACUCUUCCUCCAAAAUAUCUCCACUAUGACCCUAUGACCUCCCAUCCACUGAUGUGUGACCAGUGCCCUCCAGGAACCUAUGUCAAGCAGCACUGUACAGCCUCAGCAAAGACUGAAUGUGCUCCUUGUCCAGAUCAAUCUUAUGCAGAUGAAUGGAACAAUCAUGAAAAAUGUCACUAUUGCAAUGUGGUGUGCAAGGAACUGCAAUAUGAAAAAGUCAGAUGCACCAGCACUGGAAACCGUGUCUGUGAGUGCGUAGAAGGACGGCACCUUGACCUAGAAUUCUGUUUGAAGCACACAGCAUGUCCCCCUGGAUUUGGUGUGGUCCAAAAAGGUACCCCUGAAAGUGACACCAUUUGUGAGACAUGUCCAGAAGGACAUUUCUCCAAUGAUACAUCAUCCAAAGCUGCCUGUCAAAAACACACUAACUGUAGUGCCCUAAGUCUCAAAUUGGUGCAGAAGGGAGACUCUACACAUGAUAAUGUAUGCCAGGGAGAAGGGAGUGACAAAUUGGAUCAGCAGUGUGAAAUUGAUGUAACCUUGUGUGAAGAAGCAUUCUUCAGGUUCAUCGUUCCCAGAAAACUAACAUCCACCUGGCUGAACACCCUCAUGGACAGUCUGCCUGGCAUAAAGGUCACUCUGGAAAACACAGAAAGAAUUAAACAAAAGCACAGCCCACAGGACCAGACCUUUCAGCUACUGAAGUUAUGGAAACAGCAAAAUAAAGACCACAGUAUGGUUACAGAUAUUGUCCAAGGUAUCAAUCUUUGUGAAAAUAGCAUUUUAAAGCACAUUGGCCAUCUCAACAUCACCUUUGAGCAACUCAAUAUCCUGAUGGAAAAUUUACCAGGGAAAAAAGUGGGUAGAGAAGAAAUUGAACAUAUUUUUAGGAUGUGCAAAUCCACAGAACCAAUUCUGAAGCUCCUGAAUUUGUGGAGGAUAAAAAAUAAAGACCAAGACACCAUCAAGGGCUUGACGUUUGGGCUGAAGCAUUUGAAAACAUACCAUUUCCCCAAGACAACAAUUCAAGGUUUCCGGAAGGUGGUAAAAUUCCUCCACAGCUUCACAAUGUAUAAAUUAUACCAGAAGCUUUUCUUAGAAAUGUUAGGAAACCAGAUCCAUUUGGUAAAAGUGAGACGUGGGUAGUUUUAAAUUCUCUGAUCUUUCAUUUGCCACUUGCUGCUAGCAAUAAUUAAAUGGGGGAGGGGAGUGUUUUCCUAUAUUAUACUUAUUUAUAUUUAUAUGACUGACUGGGAUAGCUUAGACUAUCUUAGCACUUUUGUUGUUGUUUUAUAAUACUAAAAUGUUUAUCUGGAAUCUGUCUUCAUCCAAGAAUUCCAGUGAAUUCCAUGGAUGUAGAAGUAAUAGCAAAAAAAAAAAAAAAAAACCAAACACCCCACCCACCCUGAUUUGCUAUUUAUAUUAAUUUGAAAUCUAAGAUGUUGUAGAUAUUUAUAAACUUCACUGGCAACUGUUUGAGAUUAAGGGCUGAAGCAGAUCACCACUUAUCAAAUGUCAUUGUUUAAACCCUUAUGGCCCACUGUGUAUGGAUGGCCCUAAAACUUUAUUUUCCAGCAUGUUAGAGUCUCUAACAUGGUACCCUUGAAAUUCAAUGUCAAUUCCAUGGGAGAUUUUCUCAUCAAUUUCAAGCAAAGAAAAAAAAAAGUGUCAUGCAUUCAGGUGGGCUUUGUGCCUCUUAAAUGCAAAAGCCACCCCCCCCCCCAAGUUAUUCCUGCUUAUAUGACCUCAUGUUGUUAUCUUAAGUGCCCUUUGCUGUCCUUGGCUACUGAUAAUAAUAAGAAGUGAGUGUCUUGGCUAGAAAAAGUGCUAGGCUCCUGCAAAUGAAAACUCACAACAGAGGAAAAGUGUGGCUCCAUUUGCAGAAAGAGACCAGUGGCCAUUGAUCUUCUACUCCAGUAUUUCUCAAACUUGUCAACUUUAACAUGUGUGGACUUCAUGCUGGCUAGGGAAUUCUGGGAGUUGAAGUCCAUGCAUCUUAAAGUUGACGAGUUUGAGAAACACUGUUCUACUCAUUUCUCCACUAUGUUUCUAACUAUUCCUUACUUACAUCUCUGUCGUAAAGCACAUACCAGACUCCAAACCAUGUUGGCGGUACUCAUUUCACGCACAAAAGCUUCAAACAGUACUUCCCACUUUGCUUCCCAUAACUACAUACAAAAGAUUGCCAUAGGUUCAAAAUCCCAUUCUGUCACAGUGGCCAGUUUCCUGUUCAUCCAUUUUUUGCCAUUGUGGUGGUCUCUAGGUGGGGAGAGACUGUAACCUGCAGAAUUCCUAGCCUGCAGUUGUCAGCUUAGGUAGGCUAAACUGGCUUUAUUUUUCAGUGUUCCUACUAUUUAAAUCCCAAAUCUCCUGCAUUCACUUCUCUUGAAUGAAUUUGAGUUAGUGUAAGGAAACAAAAUGUUUUUUCUACUUUCUCCCACCCAAGGGGAAUUUUUAAAAAUAAACUACCAAAUCCUUCUUUUCUCCCUCCAAACCCCUGAUACAUUAAUCAUCUUUUUCUUUCACUAAAAACACAAACUCUACCAUCUAAAGCCAUUUUUUCCUCGUUCCAAGUGGCACUGAUUUGGAUCCAUACAUGGCAGGCUGGAAGCUUGCUCCAAGAAGUUGCAAUAACUGUUUCUUGAAAAAAAGCAUAGUUGUUUUGUUUUCUUUUGUAAUUUAAUCUUGAAUGUAUGACUGAAUCUUUAGUCUGAAUUAUAAGUAGGUUGCAGACCUCUGGUGAUGUCAUCAGAACAGCAGGCUGUUUAAUCUUUUGCACUCUCUGUUGGCUGACUUCUAAUGUUGAUAAAACUUCUAGGUCGAAAGCUUUUCAUCUGUUUUCACCCUCAAAUUUACAGAGGGGAAAUGAAUGGAAUGUACACUGUUUAUUUUCAAGCUAAAAGGGAUGGGGAGAUAUUUAUAGGUUAUGUUUUGUAGUAGACCUUUCCAUCAUUCUUUUUCUGUGGAUUUUUAAAGAUUGUUUCUUAGGUUUGUCUGUAUAGAAUGUAAUAUCUUUUGGAAAUAAUUUCCAGGAAAAAAAAACAUGUUGAAAGUAGAUCAUUAAGAAGCUGUACAUUUUGUUUUAGAACAUGAAUGUACCAUAUUUAAAAGAUGGGUUUUCAAGUUGGAUUUUUGACCAUGUUUUAUAAAGCUAUUUUUUUCAUUUAA